GUGUUGUUGUGUUGGUUCUUUUAUUAGGUCAUAAACCUUAUAAAAAGAUUUAAACACUGGUGAAGAGAUUAGGUGCACAUUGUUUUUUUUAACUGAGAACAUCUCCAUAUAUCUUGAUUUUGGAUUGAGUUGAUAGCAAACUGAUUAAAAACAUUUCAGAUAUUAAGAUAAUAUGUGAUAAUGUUUAUGGCUUCUUUUUGUAAUGAAAAGAAUAAUGUAGGUAUGAAGUCAGGACUUCUGUACAAAUCCAUGCAUCUCUCUUUCUCUCUGUCUAACUCUUUCUCUGCUGAUGCUGGAUCCUGGUUCAGGUAUUUCUCACCCUGUUGAGAAGCAGAGAUAGAGGGCGAGAAAAACCAAAAAAGAAAAGGAAAAAAAAAGGACGAGAGGAUCCUGUCAGUGCCUGGGAACCUGAGGGAUCCUGGAGACAGAGACAGAGACAGAGAGGACAGGGGGAACCAUCGGAGGGAUAAUGCUGUGAGGAGAACUGCUCAGGGAAAGCUAAAUCAGGUUGUUUUUGUCCUCGUCUGUAUCCUGAAAGCGUCCGGUGCAGGAUCUGGUCUGGUCUGAGGGGACUCGCUCUGCAGCACCAUGGGAGCCUCCAGUGACAGGGCGUCGCUCCUCUCAGGGCUGCUUGUGUUCCUGCUGUGCGUCGUCUUCUCUCUCUGCCAGGAGGAAUACUCUGGAUACCACUCAGGUGAGGAACACACCUAUGAAGGCUCUGUAGUCGACCACUAUGACAACUUAGCCGCUCCUCAAACAGAGUAUCCACCUGAGCCGACUCACAGCUACGACGAAGAUCAGCGGCCCGAGGAGGAGGAGGAGGACUACGACCCCUACGGUCCUCUCCCCACCCAGGUCACCAUGAUCACUGACGACACCUUCCCGUACUCCACCACCACUGAGUCCCACUACGCCAAGGAGGACAAGGAGACCAUGCAGGACCAGACACCAGACUCCUCUGAGGAGUCUGGGGGUGAUGCAGCACUCGGGGAGGAGGGGCCGACAGAAUGCGACUGUGAACCCGGAGAACCAGGAUUCGCUGGCUUCGCAGGACCAAAGGGAUCCAGAGGCCUGCAGGGUAAAACCGGUGAGCCAGGAAUCCAAGGCAGAGAGGGUUAUAAAGGAACCAAAGGGGUUCGGGGAAGAGGAGGAGACACCGGACCAGUGGGUGAUGUUGGGCCUGAAGGAGACGACGGAGCCUCUGGUUUCUCUGGAGCCAUGGGAGAACCUGGACUUUCAGGAGACCCAGGCGAGCCUGGAGAGCUGGGUCUGAAGGGCGACAUCGGUAUGGAGGGACCUCGCGGAGGAGUCGGACGUCCUGGUGAGACUGGCCCUCGUGGUGAUGCUGGGGCUGCAGGACCAAGGGGAGGUAAAGGUGUCAAGGGGUCUCGUGGUGAUGAAGGUAAAGAGGGUCCACAGGGACGGGAAGGACAGAAGGGUCAGACCGGAGCGCCUGGAUUUCCAGGUGACGUCGGCGAGAGAGGCUACACUGGUUAUCCUGGACAGCCAGGAGGAAGCGGACCCAGUGGACCGAAGGGCACUAAAGGAUUCGACGGCCUGCCGGGCAGUGACGGUGACCCCGGAGAAGAUGGUCCUAUCGGAGUCCCAGGGGUGAUGGGAGAGCCUGGACCGUUUGGUGUCAAGGGCAGUAAAGGUGAUCGUGGUGUGAGAGGUCGUCGGGGCAGAGUGGGCGCUGUGGGAGCUCAUGGAGAGCAAGGAGACGCCGGAGUACCAGGGAAACCAGGACCGAAAGGCCUGCAGGGCUCGACAGGGGCCAAAGGUGAGACGGGACCUGAUGGUGAGAAGGGUGCUGCUGGCAAAAAAGGUAUUAAAGGAGGAAAAGGACAAAAGGGAAGUGUGGGUGACCGCGGAGACAAAGGACAGCGUGGACUGAAAGGUGCAGAGGGUCGUAACGGUGUCCCCGGCCCUGUGGGCCCACCAGGAAUCCCAGGAACCAGAGGAGAGCGCGGUGCGAUCGGUGACCCAGGUGUUAAAGGCCGAGCAGGACCCAAAGGAGUCCAAGGUCCUUCUGGUCCUGGUCUGACUGAUGAGCAGGUCCUGCAGCUGUGCAGAGGUGUGGUGACGGCUCAGAUCUCCCAGUACGCAGCCUCCAUCCGCGCCAAGUGCUCCCAGGGCUGCCCCAUCAACAACCGCACACUCAUUGGACCUCCAGGAGGCAGAGGCCUACCAGGACCACCAGGCAAACCCGGUAAAGCAGGAAAAGCUGGAGCAAAAGGAGCCAGAGGUGUUCAAGGUGACACAGGACUGGAGGGACCGAAAGGAGCGCCAGGUGACAGAGGUCAAAAGGGACCUAAAGGUGUUGCAGGUGCUCCAGGUAAAGGCCUGCCAGGACCUGAUGGACCACAGGGGCUCAGAGGUUUGCCAGGUCACUCAGCAGAACCCAAAGACGGCAUGGAGGGUCCGCGUGGUCCUCGUGGCUUCCCCGGUCCGGUGGGUAUACCAGGCAUGGUCGGGAUCGCAGGCGUGCCGGGAUUUUGCGAGGCUCGGGACUGCAGCAUUCACGCGCCGGUAAUGCGCAAAGAGCAGGGUCUGGUGAAAGGACCCGUCAGUACGAAAAUCUGAACCCGAAGACGAGCGACAUAGACCACUGUGAGAUUAUAGAGGGUCUGAGAUUCACUCGGGGGCAUCUCGGUGAUAUUCCAGCUGACAUUAGAACCGGGUUCAAAUGGAAAAAAAAUCUUAAUACGUUUAUGAUAAAGGUUUUUAAAAGCUGUGACUGAUGCUGUCGUAACAUUGACUGCUGAAAAUGUCAGUGGGCCAAGUAUAUUACCAUGGGGCAGCUCCGCUGAGAAGUGUCGAACUCUGUUGACUCCUGUCUGAGUCGGACAAAGCUUCGAGCGAACAUUCGACAUUUUAGAGGUUUUACACCUGAUAAAUAUCUGAACUGAGCUACAGUUUUUACCGGGAACGAUUUAAUCAGAUGUGUUGUAAUUUGACAAAAAACGAAGAGUAAAUGAAUCCCUCCUUCAGUUUAGUUUUUGUUUUCUCUGGUACCCCAAAUCACUAUAAAAAUAAACAAAAAUAAAAAAUGCAAUGUAAAUAUUUUGUAAAGUAUCUCAAAUACAUGUACUGUGCUCUGAAAUAUGUUUCAGAUAAACUGCCUGAUGUUUUUCUUAA